ACAGUUUCGGCUUCGGCCAUCUCCUUUCCUGUUGGCCAGGCGUGCGAGAAGCCUGGGAAUUGUGUGGUAUUUUACGAGGUAGUCCUCGUAAAAAGCCAAAAAAUGCUAUCAACAGCGCGUCCUUUGGUCACAGUGUACUCGGAGAAAAAUGAACCUUCGAAAGAAACAAUUUCCCUUCCUGCUGUAUUCAAAGCACCGAUUAGGCCUGAUGUUGUGAACUUUGUUCACCAACAGGUUUCCAAAAACAGCCGUCAGCCGUACUCCGUUUCUAAGGAGGCUGGUCACCAGACAUCUGCUGAGUCAUGGGGUACUGGUCGUGCUGUUGCGCGUAUUCCCCGUGUCCGCGGUGGUGGUACCCACAGGUCGGGUCAGGGUGCCUUUGGCAACAUGUGUAGAGGAGGUCGCAUGUUCGCCCCCACCAAGCCCUGGAGACGCUGGCACCGUCGUGUCAAUGUCAACCAGAAGAGGUACGCCGUUGUCUCGGCUAUCGCCGCUUCAGGAGUACCUGCUCUUGUACUAUCAAAAGGACACAUGAUCCAAGAUGUACCGGAAUUCCCUCUGGUAGUAUCCGAUAAAAUCCAGGAAUACAAGAAGACCAAGCAAGCAGUUAUCUUUUUAAGACGCAUUAAGGCUUGGAAUGACAUCCAAAAGGUAUACAAGUCCCAGCGAUUCCGUGCUGGUAAAGGUAAAAUGCGUAAUCGUCGACGCAUUCAGCGCCGUGGACCUUUGAUUAUCUAUGGCAAAGAUCAGGGCAUCCGUAAAGCGUUCCGUAACAUUCCUGGCGUUGAUUUGAUGAACAUCAACAAAAUCAACCUUCUGAAACUGGCUCCUGGUGGUCAUGUUGGACGUUUUGUCAUCUGGACCAAGUGCGCUUUUGAGAAGCUCGAUGCACUCUAUGGAACUUGGCGUAAAGAAGCCAAGCUGAAAAAAGGCUACAAUCUCCCCAUGCCCAAGAUGGCAAACACCGAUCUUUCCAAGCUUCUUAAGUCCGAUGAAAUCCGUAAAGUCCUCCGCAGACCACAGAGAAAGAUUGCCCGAAGAAUUAAAAAGCUCAAUCCUCUCACCAACACCAGAGCUAUGCUCAGGCUUAAUCCGUACACCGCUGUGACGAGGCGCGCAGCUAUUCUGACCGCUCGAAGACGUCAAUUCGAAAAAGAGAUUGCUUUGGCAGCCAAGAGAGGGCUCCCACUGUCGCCAGCGGCAAAGCAAUUCAAAGAAACCAAGGAAAAGAGAGAGAAGGCUCUUAAGAAGAACAAAGAGACAGCCGUGAAAAAGGUGAAGAAACCUAAAGUGAAAACAGUUAAACCUGCGGCAAAACCGGCAACGGAAAAACCGAAGGCUAAAAAAACAGCACAAAAAAAGGUUGAAAAAGUCGAGAAGCCUGCCAAGUAAAAAGAUUGUUGUGUUGUGACUUUCAAUUAAGAUCAUUAAUAAAAUGAGAAAAAAAACAACACGAAAAGUUAUACCAUUUUCCUUUUGUGCCAGCCUGUUUAUC